GAUGUGACCUUCCCCUGCGUGGAAAAACUCAAGCCCUCAGAACGUGGGGAGCGCGGGCCUGAGGUGGCAGUUUAUAUAAAGAAAGCACUGGGACUUGUGGCUACACCCUUCAAGAAUAAAAAAAAAAAUUAGAAAAUGGAGCCACCAUGUAUGUUAUGUGAGGAAGAACAAGAGCCAGAACUACAGAAAAGCAUAGAAGAAACCAAACAAUUAGAUGAUGAAGAUGCUGAACUAAUAUUUGUUGGAGUGGAACAUGUAAAUGAAGAUGCUGAGCUGAUCUUUGUUGGGAUGACCUCAAAUUCAAAACCAGUUGUUUCAAACAUUUUAAACAGAGUUACCCCAGGUUCAUGUUCAAGGAGGAAAAAGUAUGGUCACUUUAGAAGAGAUAAUGCUCAUAAAUUUCAACCUAUAAGCUGUGUGACACCUUCAUCAGAAGCAGUGACUUUCUUGGCAGUUUCUGACUCUGAAUCAAGAUCAGGAGAUAGUCCUAUUAUUAUUGAGCCUUUGUCUAAACCUGAUUAUAAAAAUUAUUCACCACAAGUUGUGCCUGAUAAUUCUUCAGAGUUAUGUUCUCCUUUGAUUACUUUCACAAGUUCAUUGCAGCAUCCAUUAGGUACAGCACUUUCUGCAGGAGAUAUGAAUAAAAGUCAAGUAUCAAAGCGACUUUCCACUUCUGAAACAAAUAGCACAAAUCCCAAAAGGCGUAAACUAAGUGAUGGAAUCAUAGGGGGACAUUCUUUAGCUUUGUCCUCUUCAGGUAUCUUUCAGACAGUGACUAGUCAGCAAAGCACACCCUCAAACAGUAUUCAUACCUCAUUAAGCCAUGUUCAAGAUGGGGAACCUUUUCCUUUAAAGGACAUUGUCCAUAGUAAGCCUAUAAAUCCUUUUGGGGAAAAUGGACCAGCGAAAACAGGCUUUUCAAGUCUAGCAGGUCAAAACAAGACUGUUGAUCCCAAGAAAGAAAAUCUGAUUAUGUUACUUCAUGACUUUUACUAUGGACAGCAUAUAGGAGACAGGCAGCCAGAACUGAAGACACACACAGCCUUUAAAUGCCUCAGCUGCUUGAAAGUUCUAAAAAAUGUCAAGUUUAUGAAUCACAUGAAGCACCAUUUGGAACUUGAGAAGCAGAGGGGUGACAGCUGGAAAAACCACACCACCUGCCAGCACUGCCACCGCCAGUUUCCCACUCCCUUCCAGCUGCAGUGUCACAUUGAAAGUGUCCAUACUUCCCAGGGACCCUCCCCAGUCUGUAAAAUCUGCGAAUUGUCUUUUGAAACAGAUCAGGUUCUCUUAGAGCACAUGAAGGACAAUCAUAAGCCUGGUGAAAUGCCCUAUGUUUGCCAGGUUUGCAAUUACAGAUCAUCAGCCUUUGCCGAUGUGGAAACACAUUUCAGGACAUGCCAUGAAAACACUAAGAAUUUGCUUUGCCCGUUUUGUCUGAAAAUUUUUAAAACUGCAACACCAUACAUGUGUCAUUAUAGAGGACACUGGGAAAAGAGUGUUCACCAGUGUUCCAAGUGCCGGCUACAGUUUUUAACUUUCAAGGAGAAAAUGGAGCACAAAACCCAGUAUCAUCAAAUGUUUAAGAAGCCCAAGCAACUAGAAGGAUUGCCUCCUGAAACAAAAGUUGUUAUUCAAGUGUCGCUGGGGCCUCUUCAACCAGGAUCAGUGAAAGUAGCAUCCAUUACUGUGAGUACAUCUGAUUCUGAACCAUCACCCCCCAGGUCUAAAAGUAGAAUUUCAAAAAAACCCCGUUAAUUCUACUUUGAGUAAAUAUGAAGCAAGUAUUUCAAUCAAAAAUUAAAACCCAUAAAAUCAAAAAAAUCCAAACCAUAACAUUAUUCAGUAGCAUAUAGUGAAACCA